CAAUGCGCUAGGGUAUAUAAGAGAAUCAAAUGCUACAAAUAAGCAUUUAAACGUAACACUACUCAUGGCACAUUAUGCACCAUUCACACAGGCUGUGUUACAUUCAUUUGUGUUAACCGAUGCCCGUAGCACGUGACACGCCUCCAAUGCGCCGUGAGCAGAAGCAACUUGGGCUCCACCGCAGACUCACAGAUCUUCCUCGGUAGCGGAUGAAGCAACUUCCAGCGAAUCAUUUGUUGCGGGUUCACUUUUUGUUCGGGUUACAGGCAGACCCUGCGAAACAGUUCUCGGCUCAUUGGAUUACAUUUAAGUGAAGCGGAUGGGAAAGUGACAUUCUCUUCUUUUGAAACACCGAACCCGCACUCGCCAGGGUGGUCUUCUCUUCCUAUGAAAGGACCACUGUGGCAGGUUUCUUCAAAAGCGUCAGUGUGAAACACAGAAGCUUUGACCGGUAAAAAGGAUGUCAUUGGACAACGUGAAUCAUCUACCUGACUUCUAAACUUGUUGCAUUUGCUCUAGAACAGAUCCGAGAGCGCAUUUCGGAUACUUAUUUGUGCGUAACGGCAGAACAGCGAUUCAAAGUGGACUAUAACUGAUGAUCUGUGUGUAAAAACCUGCACUUUUGCAUCAAAAUCUAUUUAUGAGGAGAUGUCCUUUCUGUUCGUGGCGGAUCUGUGAGCGCGAAACCUGCUUCAGUCUCACCGGGUCGCGCACAUUGGGUCAGCAUGGCAGCCGGAGUCGCCGCGUGGCUACCGUUCGCGCGCGCCGCGGCCAUAGGAUGGAUGCCCGUGGCGAGCACCCCGAUGCCGCCGCCUCCACGGGAAAAGAGGCGAGGUCAGGACGGCCUGAUUAUCUUAAACGUCAGCGGCACUAGGUUUCAAACUUGGCGGAAUACUUUGGAGAGGUACCCUGACACCUUACUAGGAAGCACGGAGCGCGACUUCUUCUUCCACGAGGAGUCCAACGAGUACUUUUUCGACCGCGACCCGGACAUCUUCAGGCACAUCCUCAACUUCUACCGAACUGGGAAGCUGCACUACCCUCGCCACGAGUGCAUCUCCGCCUAUGACGAGGAGCUGGCCUUCUUCGGCAUCAUUCCUGAGAUAAUAGGGGACUGCUGUUAUGAGGAGUACAAAGAUCGCAGGAGGGAGAACACGGAGAGGAUUCAAGACGAUGAGGAGAACGAAAACAGCAAGGACAUGGUGCCGCCGGAUAUGUCGUUCCGCGAGACCAUGUGGCGCGCGUUUGAGAACCCGCACACGAGCACCAUGGCGCUGGUGUUCUAUUAUGUCACGGGAUUUUUCAUCGCCGUCUCCGUUAUGGCCAACGUGGUGGAGACGGUCCCGUGCCGCAGCGAGCAAAACCGGGCGAAGGAGGUGUCUUGCGGGGAGCGCUACGCCGUCGCGUUCUUCUGUCUGGAUACGGCCUGCGUCAUGAUCUUCACUGUUGAGUACCUGCUGCGUCUGAUCGCCGCGCCCAGCAGGUACAAGUUCGUCAAGAGUGUCAUGAGCAUCAUUGACGUGGUGGCCAUCAUGCCUUACUAUAUAGGCCUGGUCAUGGCGGACAACGAGGACGUAAGCGGGGCCUUCGUCACCCUCAGGGUCUUCAGGGUCUUUCGGAUUUUCAAAUUUUCGCGGCACUCCGCGGGACUGCGCAUCCUGGGGUACACGCUCAAGAGCUGCGCGUCCGAGCUGGGCUUCCUGCUCUUCUCGCUCACCAUGGCCAUCAUCAUCUUUGCUACCGUCAUGUUCUACGCAGAGAAGGGCUCCACCUCCAGCAAGUUCACCAGCAUACCGGCGGCUUUCUGGUACACUAUCGUCACCAUGACAACGCUGGGGUGA